UGGGAUUAAGGGAUCAGAGAAGGAUCUGGCUUCCUUUGGUGUAAAGUCCUUAGUGAAGGGGAGCGCAGAGGGUGACUCUGACAGGAAGAGGAGUGCCCUACUGGACACCAGGCCAGUCUUUUUCUGGCCCUUGUCUUGUCCCACUUUGUAGUGUGUGACCUUGGGUAAGUUGUUUGCCUUCUCUGAAAUCCAAUUGUCAUUCCCAUAGGCCCAGCACAGCUCUGAAAUCUCCAAUCCUAAACCCCAGCCUUCAGGACUGGGGAAGCCCACCCAAGGUCCCACACUGGACUUCCACACCCUAUUCCUUCCUCCUUAAGAUCAGGGGUGAGAGACGUGCUCCUCCACCCCACGUGGCUCUGAAAAACUCGGGAGAAAAGUAAUCGUGAACCGCCGCACGGGGGAGGGGUGAGAAGGACCGAGAAACGCGGAGGUGGUGUGAACGAAUGGAACAGCCGCGCUGUGUCACUGAAUAUUACAUCACACCCAGCCUACACACGCACGGGGCCCGGCACUCACACACGCAGAGGACCGCCAGCACACGCUCUCUCACUCAGGCACCAGGAGGGGGCUACCACACACAAUCGGGCUGGGUCGGCCUUGGGACGCGCCUGAAAGAACUAGGAGGCACCCUGCCCAGGGGCACGGGGAACUGUCGGUGGAGGAAUACAGCAAGAGAUGUAGGUGACUGAUACAACCUUGCCUGUCAUGCUGCUGGCACCUUCAGUAGUGAACACCUGUCUCACACUGCACCCCCCCCUCCCCAGAUCACAGCCCCCUUCACACACACAGACACCUCAGAGCACCUGGAGACAUCACACUCAAACCUCAGCUUGCAGCCUUAGAGAUCUGGCACUCAAAGUUACCCACCUCUCACCUACACACCCCCCUGAGCCACGGGGACCCCCACCCCCAAACCAGGCUUUCCUACCUCUGACUCCUGAGCUCAAAGGAAUGGCUUUCUGGCCUUGUAGGGUCAGGCUCACCCCCUCCCAGGAAAAUCUCAGAGGGUUUCUGGGAAUUCUGAUAGAACUAAGGCCACAGGGGUUCCAACUGGAGCCUCUAUCUGUAGCAUUGAGGGCCAGGGCUCUGGGCUCCUUGGUGGGGCAGAGAAACACAGGCACCCAUUCUGGACACUUUAGUCCUGCUUUCCUGUCUGGGUUGUAAGAAUAGCCCAUGGCCAAAUUCCAAGUUACUUGGGGGAAAAGAAAAAGGUAACAAAGACUUUAAAGGAGACUUUGAAUGAGUAAAGCCUGAGUUGAUUCUGAAGCCCCACCCUCUAACCACUUCCUAGGUGGAAAAGGGUAAGAUGCUUCCAAGGCCUUCGAGGACAGGGAGGAAGGUGUGGGUCACCCUGCCACCUACAGGCCUUCUAGCCACCACGGGUCUCAAGUUAGUGUCUAGCUUUCUCGAGUGGGCUGGUGUUGCUCCCAGAGGACAUUUGGCAAUGUCUAGAGACAUUUUGAUUGUCAUAACUGGGGGCAGGGUGCUGCUGGCAUCUGGUGGGUAGAAGGCAGUGCUGUCGUUUAACACCCUAAGAAGGGUUGUCCCUACCCCAUAGAAGCCCAGCCCUGCUUCAGUACUAAGGAAACCCUAGCCCUAGUCCCAGACUUCUGACCCUCACUCUAAACAAGGUCAAACAGGAAAACAGUCAGGAAUAAAAAGAUGCUUGCUCCCCAAACAGCUUUAGACACUUCCCAGUGCUGUCUACAAAAUCCACCAAGUGUUGGGGGAUGCAGGCCCACCUCUCUCCAGGCAAAGCUCCCCAGUCAAACCUCAGGGGUCCCAUCUUGAUCUGCUCCCCUGAGGGCUAGAGGACAAAGGACUGGGGUGAAAGAAAGAGGAGCCCUCACUCUUCCACAAGCAUCCAUUCUUGACAAACUCCGUCUCUCAAAAGGCAGGUCCUGCCUCAGCCUGCCUCCUGCUGACACUCCUGGCCCUCCCUCCUGUGACCCCCAGCUGCCCUAUGCUCUGUACCUGCUACUCCUCUCCGCCCACAGUGAGCUGCCAGGCCAACAACUUCUCCUCGGUGCCGCUGUCCUUGCCACCCAGUACACAGCGACUCUUCUUGCAGAACAACCUCAUUCGCUCACUGCGGCCAGGCACCUUUGGGCCCAACCUGCUCACCCUGUGGCUCUUCUCCAACAACCUCUCCACCAUCUACCCUGGCACCUUCCGCCAUCUGCAGGCCCUAGAGGAACUGGACCUCGGUGACAAUCGGCACCUGCGCUCCCUGGAGCCUGACACCUUCCAGGGCCUGGAGAGGCUGCAGUCACUACAUCUGUAUCGGUGCCAGCUCAGCAGUCUGCCUGGCAACAUCUUCCGAGGCCUGGUCAGCCUACAGUACCUCUACCUCCAGGAGAACAGCCUGCUCCACCUACAGGAUGACUUGUUCGCCGACCUGGCCAACCUGAGCCACCUUUUCCUCCACGGGAACCGCCUGCGGCUGCUCACGGAGCACGUGUUCCGCGGCUUGGGCAGCCUGGACCGGCUGCUGCUGCACGGGAACCGGCUGCAGGGCGUACACCGCGCAGCCUUCCACGGUCUCAGCCGCCUCACCAUCCUUUACCUGUUCAACAACAGCCUGGCCUCGCUGCCGGGAGAGGCGCUGGCUGACCUGCCGGCGCUCGAGUUCCUGCGGCUCAACGCCAACCCCUGGGCGUGCGACUGCCGCGCUCGGCCGCUCUGGGCUUGGUUCCAGCGCGCGCGGGUGUCCAGCUCCGACGUGACCUGCGCCACCCCGCCCGAGCGCCAGGGCCGGGACCUGCGCACGCUGCGCGACACCGAUUUCCAAGCGUGCCCGCCGCCCACACCCACGCGGCCCGGCAGCCGCGCCCGCGGCAACAGCUCUUCCAACCACCUGUACGGCGUGGCCGAGGCGGGCGCUCCCCCCGCAGACCCAUCCACGCUCUACCGAGACCUGCCCGCCGAGGACUCGCGGGGGCGUCAGGGCGGGGACGCGCCCACUGAGGACGACUACUGGGGGGGCUACGGCGGCGAGGACCAGCGAGGCGAGCAGACGUGUCCCGGGGCCGCGUGCCAGGCGCCCGCGGACUCGCGUGGCCCCGCGCUCUCGGCCGGGCUGCGCACCCCUCUGCUCUGCCUCUUGCUCCUGGCGCCCCAUCACCUCUGACUGCGGUGCUCGGAUGGAAGAGAUCACGGCCUUCGCCCCGCUCCCCUUCUCUGCCCCACGGAGCUGAGGCUCCGUCCUUGCCCCUUGUUUGCGACCCGGCCUGGCACCUUUCCUAGGCCUCCUCGCUCUUUUUCUUCCCCUGACCAGGCUGCCUCAUUUGCCUUCCGGGCUGUUGUGACUUAUGUAUGGCAGCCCCUAAGACGGUGUAUAAGGUGGCUCGGCCCCAUUCGCCCUGACUCUAGACAUUAACUCUUCUGACCCCCAUCCCAAGGCUGGGGCGUGGCACCCCAGGCAGCCGUUGCUCCUCUCUCCGGGGCCCCAGUGGACUCGGAGGGGCUUUUUGUCAGCAAAGCACCUUCCACCAGCAGAGCCUUUGAAAGCUCCCCCUGGGAGCCUCCCCUCCUCCCCCUUCGGAGGGAUGUCUCAGCGAGGCCCAGGCUGCCCCUGGACCCUGCUUGUCCUGAUCCCUUCAGCCUCCUGACACCGGAGGAAUACUUUUCUCCUAAGUCUACCCAGGACACUUCUUAGGGUGCCUGGAGAGAUUUCCUCUCCACCAUGGCCCCUGUGUGGUGAAGAUCAAAAGAAAUUGUUUGGGGGAAAAAUUUAUUAAAAAAUUCUAUUAUUUUA